AUGACUGCUAAUGACACAUGUUAUGAGAUCAAUAGAGACAAUACAGAUUUCCGAUACUUCAUCUAUGCUGUGACAUACACUGUCAUUCUUGUGCCAGGUCUCAUAGGGAACAUAUUAGCCUUGUGGGUAUUUUAUGGUUAUAUGAAAGAAACCAAACGGGCUGUGAUAUUCAUGAUAAACCUGGCCAUUGCUGACUUACUACAAGUCCUCUCCUUGCCCCUGAGGAUCUUUUACUAUUUGAAUCAUGACUGGCCAUUCGGGUCUGGCCUCUGCAUGUUUUGUUUCUAUCUGAAGUAUGUCAACAUGUAUGCAAGCAUCUACUUCUUGGUCUGCAUCAGUGUGCGAAGAUUUUGGUUUCUCCUGUACCCCUUUCGCUUCCAUGACUGUAAACAGAAGUAUGACCUAUACAUCAGCAUUUCUGGCUGGUUGAUAAUCUGCCUUGCCUGUCUGCUAUUUCCUCUCCUCAGAAGAAAUGAUGACACCCCUAUGCACAGAACCAAAUGCUUUGUGGAUCUUCCUACCAGGAAUGUCAAUCUAGCUCAGUCUGUUGUCAUGAUGACCAUUGGCGAGUUGAUUGGGUUUAUCACUCCUCUUCUGAUCGUCCUGUUUUGCACCUGGAAAACAGUUUUAUCAUUGCAAGAUAAAUAUCCUGUUGCACAAGACCUUGGAGAGAAAAAGAAAGCCUUGAAGAUGAUUCUAACCUGUGCAGGAGUUUUCCUAAUUUGCUUUGCACCUUAUCACUUCAGUUUUCCUUUAGAUUUCCUGGUCAAGUCCAAUGAAAUUAAAAGCUGCCUAGCCAGAAGGGUGAUUCUAAUAUUUCAUUCUGUUGCCUUGUGUCUUGCUAGUCUGAAUUCCUGCCUUGACCCAAUCAUAUACUACUUUACCACUGAUGAGUUCAGAAGACGGCUUUCAAGGCAAGAUUUGCAUGAUAACAUAAAACUCCAUGCAAAAUCACUUGUGAGCAACCAUACCACAUCUAUCUUGUCAACUGAAUUAUGUUAA